AUGAACUCGAUGAAUGGUAUGGGGAUGCCGAACGGGUUGCUUCCUCCAGCACAGCUUCCGCCGCCAGGACAAAGUCAAGUACCAGGAGACUCGAUUCAACGACCAACCUCGACAGUCGGCAAUGACAAAGCCCGGGAAACAUACUACAUGACCGCUGCCGACCCGGCAGGAACUGAUCCACCAGAAGAGCGAAUGAACAAGCUUCUCAAAGCGAAAUAUGAUGCCGGACUACUGAAACCGUUCAAUUACGUCAAGGGAUACGCACGCCUGAACCAGUACAUGGAAAAGAACAUGCAACCAAUAUCUCGGCAAAAAAUCCUGCGGCAACUCGACAAGUUCCGGCCCAAGUUCCGAGAACGCAUGCAGAGCUUGACUGAUGUCGAAUUGAUUCUGGUGGAGAUGUGGUUCGAGCGGAGUCUGAUGGAGUACGACCGCGUCUUUGCUAGUAUGGCUAUCCCGGCCUGCUGCUGGCGUCGAACGGGCGAAAUCUUCCGCGGGAACAAUGAGAUGGCGCAGCUGAUUGAUGUCCCGGUUGAGGGUCUCCGAGAUGGCAAACUUGCUAUCCACGAGAUUAUUGUCGAAGAUCAGCUGGUCAGCUAUUGGGAAAAGUUCGGUGCUAUCGCUUUUGACAAUACCCAAAAGGCCAUGCUCACUAGUUGCAUGCUGAAGAGCCCCAACCCUAACUCAACGAGUGAUGGUAUUACUUGCUGCUUCUCGUUUACGAUCAGACGGGAUAACCACAACAUCCCGUCUCUCAUCGUUGGGAACUUCCUCCCCAUCGAUAAAUAG